UGCUCCACACUCUAAACCUACCUAUCUUCACCUCAUACCCUCUUCCUUCAUUACAUCACAUUUCCCUUUCACUUCCUUCCUUGCUUUGUAGCAAUUAAGCCAAUGGCAAAACUUGUGGCUGCUUUCUUCUUGGCUCUCAUUGCCAUCUCCAUGCUUCAAGUUAUGGUCUUGGCAUCGCAUGGACAUGGAGGUCAUCAUUAUGAUCAAAAACAUUACGGCCCUGGAAGCCUCAAGAGUUACCAAUGUCCAUCACAGUGCUCGAGGAGAUGCAGCAAAACCCAAUACCAUAAACCAUGCAUGUUCUUCUGUCAGAAAUGUUGCAACAAAUGCCUCUGUGUGCCCCCUGGUUAUUAUGGGAACAAAGCUGUUUGCCCUUGCUACAACAAUUGGAAGACCAAAGAAGGAGGACCCAAGUGCCCUUAAAAAUUCUUAUUUCAUAAUUUAUGCCUAAUGCUUAUUGCUAAAAAACAUAUGUUUGUUGUUCUAAUUAUAUAGUUAUUAUUACCGUCAGUUUUUUUUUUUUUUGGAAAUGUGAUGGGUUUUGUCUCAAUUUGUCACUCCAUUGAGGGACCAUACCCUCUAAGUGAGAGUGGCUAAACAAAAUUUUAUUAAUGAAGGUGUUAUUUACUUGAUUA